ACAUAUCCGGACACCAAUGUUUCGAAUACAUUUCAUGAUCACGUGGAUAUUGAAUUGAUCGCAACCUUUUUUCUCAUUUCUGCUUGCGGACCAUGCAAGGGGCGGUCAUCACAACAGCAACGAACCUGGGAAAAAAAAAAUCACAUCAAUUUAAUACACGUCAUGAUCAUGCCGAUUACGGCUUAGACGUUGUUACCUUCUUAUGCACUUUUGUAGACCAUCCCAGUAGAUCGUUGGCCACCGUAAUCGAUACAAACACGGCAGCCAAUACCACAUUUGCUUAUUCGAUUGGUUCUCUCCGAGAGCAAGCCCAGACAAUGAAAUGGAACGGUGUUACAGCGGUCAUUCCACCUUCUAAAUUCUUUGGUGGGGUCAACCAAUACAUUUCGUGGUAGAAUAAAGGGUCGCGUAGAUGGAUGAGAUGGCGAGAGCACUGUGACUCAUAGUGUGACCUAAGUUCGCGUAUUCCAUAGCCUUGAAAAGGGGGAAGUUCAAAAGCACA